CGCUACUUCUGCUGAACACAACACAACAGAGCAACACUCAGAAAUUUUCCCAGCAAAUUUUCCCGGAAAAUCAAACUCCCAAGCGAGAAAAAUAAAGAAAGGAAGAAGAUGUCGUGGCAAACCUACGUCGAUGAUCACCUUCUCUGCGAAAUCGAAGGUAAUCAUCUCAGCUCCGCCGCUAUCCUCGGCCAAGACGGCAGCGUUUGGGCACAGAGCGCCAAUUUCCCUCAGUUCAAGCCUGAGGAAAUAACUGGGAUUAUGAAUGAUUUUGCGGAGCCUGGAUCACUUGCUCCAACUGGAUUGUAUCUUGGUGGCACAAAAUAUAUGGUGAUUCAAGGUGAGCCUGGAGCUGUCAUUCGAGGGAAGAAGGGUCCUGGUGGUGUUACUGUCAAGAAGACCAAUCAAGCCUUGAUCAUUGGCAUUUAUGAUGAACCUAUGACUCCGGGUCAGUGCAACAUGAUAGUUGAAAGGCUUGGUGAUUAUCUCAUUGAUCAGGGUCUUUAAUUGUAUGGUAUUUCUUGUUAUCAUGUUUAUUUUAUUGGCUCCUAUACAAGGCUUUGCAUUGGCUUGCCAAGACAAUGCUUGACCGUGAUGUAAUAAUAUUAUGGGGUAUUAAAAGUCAUGGGAUCUGCUUACAGGAAAGAAGUGUUUGGUGCUUGAGAAGUUAUGACUAGCAUUUGUUGUGCUUU